AUGACAAAAUUUUCGGAAGGACAUUAUGACAUUUUAAAUUUAAUAGAGGUAAAAAGUAAUAUUCAAGAGAAAAAUAUACUAGGAUAUAGUGUUGAUUAUACUGUAGGUGGGCUAUUAUUAUUUGGGGGUUUUAGAAUAGAUAUAGAAGAGAAUAAUGGAAUAAUAUGUAACGAUGCUUAUUUAAUUCAUAUAAAAAAAGAUAAGGUAGAGUAUGAAUCUCUGAGUAUUAAAAUAAAACCAUCUAUUAGAUGCUAUCAUAAUUCUUGCACAUUAUUAGAAAAUUAUGUUAUAAUAUUUGGUGGAUUGAAUAGUGAAGUUCCUUUUGUUGCUUUGAAUGAUUUAUGGGUAUUUAACAGUUUAAAUAAGACAUUUGUUGAAAUAAAAUUAAAAUGUAAAGAAAAAAAUAAAGAUAAAAAUUUAGAAAAUGGCAUAAAUGGAAUUAACGAGAAGGGGUAUAUUUCUCCAACAGAUGAUGAAAAUUGUAGUGAAAAUAAAUAUGGAAAGAAUCAAGAUUAUGGUAGUAAUGAUAGUGAUAGCAAGGAUGGUGAAGAUAUUGAUAAAGAUGAUUCCAUUUUAGAUAAUUCGUAUGUAAAGAAUUUAAAAAAAUAUUUGAAAAGUAAUAAAAGUGAUGAGUUAUAUUCAACUGAUAUACCAUGUCCUCGUUAUUUUUCUAGUUUAGAUUUAUAUAUUAUACGAAAAAAUAAUAUAGAAGAAGAAAAAGAAUUUAAAAAGGAUGAAAUAAAAAUAAUAAAGAAUAGUAUUAUAGUAAGUAAUUGUUUAAAUUAUGAAUAUUUCAGUUUAAUUUUAUUCGGUGGAUAUGGUGGUUAUGAUAGAAGUAGUUAUAAUGAUUUAUAUGAAUUUAAUAUAUUAAAUAAUGAAUGGAUAUUAAGAAGUUGUAAAGGGAAUACACCUUCAACUAGAUAUGGUCAUAUAUCAUUUAUACAUGGAAAUAAUUUAUUUAUAUUAGGUGGUACUAAUGCUGAAAUAAGUUUUAAUGAUAUGUAUUCAUGUGAUUUAAAUAAGAAUGAAUGGUCUGAAGUGGAUUUUUCUUAUUCAUUUAAUAUUUCAAAAGUAUUUUGUAGAAGUGUGUUAGUAGAAUCUAUUGAUAGAAAUAUCAUAUUUAUUUUUGGAGGUUAUAAUAUUAUUAGUGAUGAAAAGGGAAAUCGAAAGAUAGAAUAUAAUAACAUAGAGUUGAAUAUGUUAAAGUUAUAUGAUACUUUUAAAUUAGAAGAAUUGAAAUAUAAUAUAAUUCAAAAUAAUGAAGAAAAUAUAAUAAAAAAUAAUAAUAUAGAAGAAAUGAAUAAUAAGAAUAGUAAUAAUGUUAAAAAUGAAAUGAUAUCUACAAAACAUGAUAUAUAUGAUGAUUCUAUUAUAUCAAAUAAUAUAACAUUCUGUUCUAUAACAUAUGAUUUUAUGGAUUCUAAUUUAAUUAUAACAGAUAGUAAAAAGAAAAUAUAUAUUAUGAAUAUAAGUAAUAUCAUUGGACCAAAAUAUGCUAUAUUUAAUAUAUGGCCAAAACAAUGUGAUAUAAAUGGAAAUAAAAAAUUAUUGUUUAGAGGAAAAGGAUUUACUAAUGAAGGUAAAAUUCUAGUGAAAUAUAAAUCUGAUGAUAUAAAUUUAUAUAGUGAAGGGAUAUAUAUUAAUGAAAAUAAUAUAUAUACUAUAGUACCUAAUGCAAAAAAUAAAAUCCACAAUAAUAUAUGUCAAGUACAAUUAUCUAUUAAUGAUAAAUGUUACACAACUAAUAGUUGUUUUCUAGAAUAUUAUUAUAAUAUUGAUCCUAAAAAUACAUUAAUUUUUGGAAGUGGGUUAUUAGAACCAGUAUGUUUACAAAAGGAUAAUAUCUUUUUUCUGAUUGCAAAAAAUAGCUUGAAUGAACCUAAAAAAAUUGGAGGUGAUAAAUUUCAAAUUAGUAUUAUAUAUGAACAAAAAAGCGAACAAUAUGAUAUCAAAUAUUUUGUUUAUGAUCUAAAUAAUGGAUUUUAUAUAGUCAAAUAUUUCUCAUUUCUUAAUGACAAUCAAAUGAAAGAAAACAUACAAAAUGUGGGCAAAAAUAAUAAUAUAGAACAAAUAAAUAAUAAUAAUAAUAAUGAUGAUGAUGAUAAUAAUAAUAAUAAUAAUAAUGAUAAUAAUUUAAAUGAAAAGUCCAAUUGUAAUGUAGUACAAGUGAAAAAUGAAAAUGAUUCAGAAAUUCUUGAAGGAACUCAAAAUAUAUCUAAUAAAAACUCAAUGAAUAAUCAAGAUAUAAAAAGUAAUAUAAAUAAUCAUAUGGAAAUAUUAGACUUCAAUGGAACCUUAAAAAUAACAGUAAAAUUAAAAGAUGAAAAUAUUCAGAAUAGUCCAUUUUUUCUAAAAGUUGAUAAUAAUUUAAAAGAUAAAAUAAUAUAUGUAAAACAAUUUAUUAAUGAUAGAUUAGAGAAUUUAUUACGAAAAGGAGAAUCUUUAUUUGAAUUAAUAAAAAAUAAAAAUAUGAAUACAAAUAAUUUAAUUCAAUUAAAUAUCAAUAUUGAUCAUUUUCUUAAUAAAUUCCCUGAAGCAAUACAUGACAUAAAUAUUAUAGAACAAUAUAUAUUAUAUGGACUUAUAGAUAUAGAUAAAAUAAAAAAUGUUAUUAUGAACUUACAUGAAGAGGAUAAUUUGGUGAAUGCUUCUCAAGAGGAAGAAAUAUAUAUUGAUAAAGAAAUCAAUGAAUUAAUAAAUAAUGAAAAGCUCAAAAAUGGUAACAACGAUGGCAUUGGAGGAUACUCUUCUACUACAACAAAUAAUGUAAAACACAUUAACCAGGUCCAUACUAAUGAUACACAUAUAAUGAGAGAUAACUUAACACAUCUAAAUGAUAAUAAUGAUACUAGAAAUAACUUUUUAAAAGUAAAAGAUAACAAUAAGAUUGUAGAUUUUAUAAAUGAAAAUAAAUUGAAAUUCCUAGAUUAUAUUGAUCCUAAUAUCAUGAAGAAAUUAAGAAAUUAUAUAAACCUCUUAAAUGCAGAAGAAUUAAACUUAAAAAACAAAAAAGAUAACAAAAAAAUAGAUGAUUCCAAUAAAAAAGAUUUAUCAGGUAUUAAAAAAAAAAAAAGUGAAGAUAAAUUUCAUUUAGAUAAUAUUUUAGAAAAAGAAGAGAAAAAAAUUGAAGUAAUUAAAAAUUUAUUAAUCUUUUAUCAUAAACUUAAAACGGUUUGCUUGUCUAAGAAAGAAAAAGAAUUAAAAGAUGAAUUUAUAAAAGAAGAAAAGGAAAGUAUUAAAAAAUUAAAAUUAAAUUAUAAUAAAUUUGUAAAUAUUAAAAAAAAUUUAGAAGUAUCUAAUGUUUAUUUACAUAAUAAUGGAUAUGAUUCAUCAUUAAAAGAACUUGAAACUACAAAAAAAUAUCUUAUAGAAAUAAAAGAUGAAGUUACAAAAAUAAAACAAAUAUCAGAUAAUAUUAUUAAAAUAGAUAAUGUAGAAGAAUUAAAUACAGAUAUUGAAAAUUUAAAUAAUGAAAUCCAUGAAAUUGAAAAGAUGUGGCUAUUUAUUAAAAAAAAAGAAGAAAUAUUAAAUGAAUUUUUUUUUUGUCCUUUUAAAGAUUUAGAUGUAGAAGAUUUUGAUAUACAAGUAAAAAAGUUACAAAAUGAUUUUAAAAAAAUUAAAGUAGAUAGAAAACAUAAUAUAUGUAAAGAAGAAACAUUAAAAUUAAAAGAAAUUAUAAAAUUUAUUUCUGUUUUGUGUGAAAUUAAAAAACCAUUUAUAAAAGAUAGACAUAUAAAAGAAAUGGAAAAUAAUAUAAAUGAAGAAAAAGAAAAAAAUAAAGAAGAAGAGAAAAUAAAUAUAAUUAUAGAUGAGAGUACAUUAACUAUAUAUUUCUAUAAAUUAAAUGUUAUGAAAUAUCAUGAUACUAUUGAAGAAGUUAUUAUAAAAGCAUAUAAUGAAAAAAUAAUAGAAGAAACUAUUAAUAAAUUUGAAGAUUAUUGGGAUAAAAUAUAUUUUAAAAAAAAAGAAUAUAAAAAUAAUAUACUAUUAACAUAUAUAGAUGAUAUAUGUAUAGACACAAUAGAAGAACAUCAAGUUACUUUACAAAAUUGUUUUUCAUCUAAAUAUUUCCUUUUCUUUUCAGACGAAUUAAAUUUAUGGCAAAAAAAAAUAUCCAAUAUAUAUGAAGUCAUACAAUUAUUAAAAGAUAUAGAAAAAUUGUGGGUAUAUUUACAAAAUAUGUAUAUAUAUUCAGAAGAAGUUAAAAAGGAACUACCUCUAUAUUCUAAAUUCUUUUUAACUAUUAAUGAUGAAUAUCUUGAAAUGUUAAAACAAAUUAUUGAUAAUAAUAUAAAAGUAGUAGAUUUUUCAAACGAAGGAGGAAUAAUAGAAAAAUUAGAAGAAUUAAAAGUAAAAUUAUGUAAAAGUGAAAAACCAUUGAAUGAAUAUUUAGAUUCUAAACGUAAAUCAUUUCCUAGAUUCUUUUUUAUAUCUUCUACUGAUUUAAUAGAUAUUUUAUCUAAUGGAAAUAAUUUUAAACUUGUAAAUACACAUGUACAAAAAAUAUUUUUAUCUAUUAGAAAAUUUGUAACAAAAAAUGAGCAAUUAACAGAUAACGAAAUACAAAAUGAAGUGAAAUUAGAUAAUCAAGAAACUAGUACAGAAAAAAAUAAUAAAAUUUCAAAUGAAGAUUCUAAUGAAACACAGACAUAUAAAUAUAAUAAAAACGAAGAAUCUACAAAUAAUAUAAAUGAUGAUAAUAUAAAAAAUGAUAAAGAUGAAAAGGAAGAAACUAUUAUCAAGUUAAUUUCAUCAUAUGGAGAAGAAAUAUGUAAUUUUCAUGAAGGUCUAGUUUUGAAAGGUAAAGUUGAAUGUUAUUUAAAUGAUAUAAUAGAUCAUAUUAAAUAUACAUUAAAAUAUUAUAUUACAAAUUUAUUUACAUUAAAAGAUUUAUUUAAUAAUAAAAAAGAAAAAUGGAUAGAUGAAAAUUAUUUAGCUCAAGUAUUUAUUUUAUGUAAUACUAUAUUUUUUGUAAAUGAUGUAGAAAAUAUAUUAAUUAAAAAAGAUAUUAAUAUAUAUGAAGAAUUAAAUAAAUAUUAUAAAAAUCAUAUUCUUCAAUUAGAAAAUGUUAUUAAAAAAGUUCAAAAAAAAUUAACUAUUAAAAAUAGAAUAAAAAUUAUGUGUAUUAUUACAUUAGAUACAUUUUAUAGAGAUGUACUUGAAGUUAUCCUAAAAAAUAAAUCAUCUAUUUCUAUAAAUAUGUUCGAUUGGCAAUCUCAAAUUAGAAUGUAUCCAUUUUUUAAAAAUCAAAAAAUUAACGAACAAAAUGAAAACCAAACGGAAGAAUCAAAGUUAAAAUUGAAUGAUAAUAGAUAUACAGAUAAUGAACAUGAAGAAGCAAAACAUGAAUAUAAUAAUAAUAAUAAUAAUAAUAUAUUAAAUAAUGAAUUAUCAAAAUAUACGUGUCUUACACAUUUUAAAGACUUAUAUAUUAAAAUAAAAAUUAUGGAUUGUUCAUUUAAUUAUUCUUAUGAUUAUAUAGGAAAUUAUCAGAGAUUAGUUAUUACUCCUUUAACAAGUCGUAUUUAUAUUACAGCUACACAAGCAUUAAGUUUAUAUAUGGGAUGUGCUCCUGCAGGACCAGCAGGCACAGGUAAAACUGAGACUACAAAAGAUUUAUCUAGUUUUUUUGGAAAAAAUUGUUAUGUAUUUAAUUGUUCAGAUCAAUUAGAUUAUAAAAGUAUGGGAAAUAUUUUUAAAGGUAUUGGUAGUACAGGUUGUUGGUGUUGUUUUGAUGAGUUUAAUAGAUUAAUUCCUGAGGUUUUAUCUGUUUGUUCUAUUCAAUUUAAAUCUAUAUUAGAUUGUAAACGAAAUAAUAAUAAUGUAUGUAUUAUAGGUUCUGAUGAAAUUAUUGUAAAAAAAAAUUGUGCCGUUUUUAUUACAAUGAAUCCUGAUUAUUUAGGUAGAUCUAAAUUACCUGAAAGUCUUAAAAUAUUAUUCAGACCUAUAACAGUAAUUAUACCCGAUUUUAACAAAAUUUGUGAGAAUAUGUUAAUGGCUGAAGGAUAUGUAAAUGCAAAAUAUCUUUCUAUAAAAUUUACUACAUUUUUUGAGCUAGCCAAAAGUUUAUUAAAAGAUAAACAUUGUGAUUGGGGUUUAAGAAGCAUAAAGAGUGUAUUAACAAAAGCUGGAUAUCUGAAAAGAAAUUAUCCUGAUGUAGAUGAAAAUAAAUUACUUUAUUCAGCUAUACAUGAUAUAAAUAUUGCAAAAAUAUCAUCUUCUAAUUGUCCUAUUUUUUCUGGUUUGCUUAAUGAUAUAUUUUUUUCCAAUCAAAAUGAUAUAAACGAUAUAAAUGAUGUAAACGAUAUAAAUGAUGUAAAUGAUGUAAACGAUAUAAAUGAUGUAAAUGAUGUAAAUGAUGUAAAUGAUAUAAAUGAUCAUAAUAAUAACAACGAAGAAAGAAAUGAUAAUAUAAAACAUGAUACAAAUGAAAAUAAAAAACAAAAAGAUAAUAAUGAACCAUUAAAAUUAGAGAACGUAAAAGAAGAAAAGAAAACAAAAAAAAACGAUUUAGAAGAUAAUAAAGAAAAAGGAUUUUUCAAUUUGAACAAAAUAGAAAAAGAAUUAAUGGAUAUUUGUAAAAAAAAUCAUUUAUUUGGAUUAAAUUAUUUUGUUAAAAAGAUUAUACAAUUAAAUGAUAUAAUGAAUAUAAGACAUUGUGUAUUUAUUAUGGGUGAAGCUGGAUGUGGUAAAACAACAUUAUUUAAUAUGUUAAUGGAAUAUCAAAAAAAGCAGAAUUUAAAAACUGUAAGUAUACGAAUAAAUCCUAAAUCAAUAAAUAUAGAUGAUUUAUAUGGAAAUGUACAUAUAAAAACAAGAGAAUGGAAAGAUGGUGUAUUUUCUAAAUAUAUGAGAAAUUAUUCUAAAAAAGAUGAUUGUGAUAAAGCUUAUAUAAUUUUUGAUGGAAAUUUAGAUUCUCAUUGGAUAGAAAAUAUGAAUUCAGUUAUGGAUGAUAAUAAAGUAUUAACUUUAUCAUCUAAUGAAAGAAUAUUAUUAAAAAAUCAUAUGAAUUUAGUUUUUGAAUUUAGUGAUUUAAUGUUUGCUACUCCUGCUACAAUAUCAAGAGCAGGUUUAGUUUAUUUUUCAGUAGAUCCUAAUGAUUUAUGGAAAAAUUAUUUUUUAUCAUGGAUAGAUAAACAUGAUAAUUUUAAUAGUAAUAUAAAGAAAUUAUUUGAAAAAUUAAUGUAUAAAUAUGUUGAACCUACAUUUAUUUAUUUAAGUACUUUACAAACAUCUAUAAAAAUAUCACCAAUGUCUCAUAUACAAUCAUUAUCAGCUUUAUUAGAUAUAUUAUUAAUGGAUAAUAAUUAUGAGAGUGUUGAACAUUAUUUUAUCUAUUCAGUUAUAUGGUGUUUUGGUGGAUUUUUAGGUGAAAAGGAUAAUGUAAAUUAUAAAAAAAGUUUUGAUAAAUAUUGGAAGAAUACUUUUAAAAGUAUUAAGGUUAAUCGAAAAAUAAGUGUUUUUGAUUUUUAUGUAGAAAAUAAUAAAUUUAAAGAAUGGGAUGAAGGAGAAAUAACUAAUGAAUUAAAACAAAAUUAUAUAUUACAAGAUGAUAUAUUUAUUGAAACAAUAGAAAGUUAUUCUUAUAAAUAUAUAUGUAAAUUGUUUUUAAAAUCUGAUAUGCCGAUUCUAUUUAUUGGUAAAACUGGUGUAGGAAAAACACAAUUAUGUAAGAAAAUAUUAAAUGAAGAAAAAGAAGAAUUUAAAAGUUUUUAUAUGAUUUUUAAUUAUUAUACUACAUCUAAAAAUGUGCAAACAUUAAUGCAAAGCUGUUUAGAAAAAAAAUCAGGAAAACAAUUUAGUCCACCAUAUCAACAAAAAUUAAUAUAUUUUAUAGAUGAUAUAAAUAUGCCUAAAUGUGAUGAUUAUAAUACACAAAGUGCUAUUGAAUUGUUAUGUCAAUAUAUAGAUACAAAUUCUUGGUUUGAUUUAGAAAAAUUAAAUUUAAUUAAAAUAUUAAAUACUAAACUUAUAUCUUGUAUGAAUUAUAAUAGAGGCAAUUUUACUAUAAAUCCAAGAUUAAUUAGACACUUUUUUAUACUAAAUAUUAAUUUCCCAGAAAAUAAUACAGUCAAUAGUAUAUUUAGUGUUUUAUUAAAAAAUCAUUUUAGUAAUUUUAAACAAGAUGUAUCUGAUUUAAUUCCAUCUAUAUUAAAAUCUACUAUAUCUUUAUUUUAUAAUAUUGAAAAGACUUUCAAAAGAACAGCUACUUAUUUUUAUUAUGAAUUUAAUUUAAGAGAUAUUCAUAGCAUAGUCAAAGGAUUACUUACUACAACACCAGUUACAUUUCAAGAUUGUGAUAAACUUUUAUUUUUAUGGUUACAUGAAUGUGAAAGAGUAUAUUCAGAUAAACUUAAUAAAAAAGAUAAGAAAAAAUAUAAAAAGAUUAUUACUGAUAUAAUAAAAAAAAUGUAUAAUAAAUAUGAAAUUAAUAAAUUUGUUAUGAAAUAUGAUAGCACUUUAUUAUUUUCAAAUUUUCAUAAAGGUAGUCAUGAUAAAACAUAUGACAUUUGUAAAAAUAUGGAAGAAUUAACAUUAUUCUUAAAUGAAGAAUUAAAUGAAUAUAAUAAUUCCUAUAAUUUAAAUAUUGUUCUAUUUAGUGAUGCAAUUAAACAUAUUUGUAAAUUAAUUAGAAUAGUAGAUAAUUUAAAAGCACAUGCAUUAUUAUUAGGUAUAGGAGGAUGUGGGAAAACAACCAUAUCUAAAUUUUCAUCUUAUAUAUCAUCGAAAACAUUUUUUGAAAUGGAUUUUUCUGCACAGUGUACUGAUAAUGAUAUUAAAAAAUAUUUACAAAACAUUUUUCAUAAAUGUGCUAUGAAAAAUGAAGAUAUUGUUUUAUUUUUAAAAGAAAGUAAAAUACAUGAUACUUUCUUUAUAUAUGUUAAUGAAUAUAUGUGUUCAAAUAAUAUUAUAGAUUUAUAUACAAAAGAAGAACGAGAUUAUAUAAUACAUAAUAUCAGAAAUAUAGCUAAAGCAGAUGGUAUAGAACAAUCAGAUAAUAGCAUAUUCGAUUAUUAUAUUAAAAAAGUAAAUGAUAAUCUACAUUUCAUUUUAUGUUUUUCACCAACUAGUAAUAAUUUUAGAGAUAAAUCAAACAAUUUCCAAUGUAUAUUAAAUAAUACUAUGAUAGAUAUAUAUGAUAAUUGGGAAGCUGAUUCUUUAAUGUGUGUAGGGAAAAAUUAUGUUAGUAAUAUAUAUAUGAAUAUAAAUACGGGCGAUAUUUUAUUAGAUCAAGAAUAUAUUAACUUAAAAAAUAAAAAUAUAGAAAAAGAUACAAAUUUGGGAGAGAAACAGAUAGGGAAAAAUUAUAUCCCUACAAUAUCAGCAAUUGAUAGAGAUGAUAAUUAUAAAGACAUGGAAAAUAAUAUGAAUGAAAAUCAUUUGAAUGACCCAUUGGGUAUGUUAGACAUGAAUAAAACAAACAUCAAAAAUGGGGACAUUACAACAACGAUAGAUAAUAUUACUAUUAUUAAUAAUAAUAAUAAUAAUAAUAAUAAUGGGGAUAAUGUUGAUGGUAAUAAUUAUUUCAAAAAUACAGAAGGAAAUGAUGAAAAUAUGAAAAAAAAAACUUAUAGUAAUAAUGUGAUGAACCAAAAUGAUCUCAAUACAAAUAUUACGAACAAUAAUAAUAAUAGUUGUAGUAAUAAUAAUAUUUAUGAUAAGAAUGAUAAUAUACUAAACGAAGAAGAAUAUGUAAACCUAAAAGAUAUUAUAACUGAAUAUCUAAAAGAAUGUUAUGAAGACCUAUUAGAUAUAUCAUCCUUUUAUUAUUCUCAUGAACGCUCCCAUAUUUAUAUAACACCCAAAUUAUAUCUUGAAAGUAUCAAAACAUAUCAUAUAAUGUUACUAAAAAAUAUUACUAAUAUAAAUAAUAAAAUGAAUAUGCUUAAAAAUGGUAUCACAAAAAUGAAUGAAACUAGUUCAAAUGUAGAAAAUAUAAAAAAUUGCUUAAAAGAUAAAAAGAAAAUAUCAGAAGAGAAAAUGGAAGCUGCUGAAAAAUAUGCAAUAGAUAUAGGUAAUGAAAAAAUGAUUGUAAAAAAAGAGAGUGAUUUAGCUGAUAUAGAAGAACAAAAUUGUUUAGAAAUUCAAAAAAAAGUUCUUAAACAACAAGAAGAAUGUGAAAAUGAUAUAAGAUUAGGUAUUCCAUUAAUUGAACAAGCUGAAGAAGCUUUAAAUACUUUAAAUAAAAAAAAUAUUCAAGAAUUAAAAACUUUAAACAAACCACCUCCAGGAGUAGAAGAUAUUACUGCAGCUGUUAUGCAAUUAUUAGCUACAAUUGAUACAACUAUAUCUAUAGAUAAAUUUGGAAAAAUUAAAGAUCGAAGUUGGAAAUCUGCACAAAAAAUGAUGAUUAAUCCUGAAAAAUUUAUAUCGUUACUUAAAGAUUAUAAAAAUAAGAUUGAUGAAAAUUUGGUUCCUGAUUGUAACUUUAAAUAUGUAGAAAAUUUAAUUAAUUUACCACAUUUUAAUAAAAAUGCAAUACAAAAAAAAUCUAAAGCUGCUGCAGGAUUAGCUGAAUGGGUUUUAAAUAUAACAUCAUUUUAUAAAAUUAUUCAAAAUAUAUUACCUAAAAGAAUAUUAUUAGAUAAUACAAAAAAAGGUUUAGAAGAAGCUAAUGAAAAAUUACAAAAUGUACGUGAAAAGGUACAAUCACUAAAAGCAAAAUUAAGUGAAUUAAUAAGUCAAUAUGAUCAUGCUAUAUAUGAAAGAGAUCUUGUUAUUCUAGAAGAAAAGAAAUUAAAAACAAAACUAGAAUUAUCAAUUAGAUUAAUAGAUGCUUUAAGUAGUGAAGAAAUAUCAUGGUCAAAACAAUAUGAAAGUUUAAAAAAAAAAAAAAAAACAAUCUUAACAGAUAUAUUACUCUCAUCUACUUUUGUUACGUUUUGUGGUGGAUUUACUAAAAAAUAUAGAAAUAAAAUUAUGACAAAUUGUAUAGACACAUUAAAGAGAAAAAAUGAAAUACAAAAUAAUAUUUUUAAUACCAUGCACAAAAAAAUAAAUAAUAACAUCAGUGGUAUUAGUAAUAAUAAUAAUAAUAGUAGUAAUAAUAAUAAUAAUAGUGCAAAUUUUGGAUAUAAUGAGAUCCAAAAAAAAAAAACAGACAACCAUAACUUUGACAUAUCAAACAAAUUGAAUAUAAAAAAUGAUAACAAAGAUAAUGAAUUAGGGAAUGAUAAUUUAAAAAAAGAAGAAAUGAUUUAUGAUAUAUUCUUAGUAAAUAAUUUUAAUUUAGAUUUAUUAAUAAACGAAGAAGUUUUAUCUAAAUUAAGUAAACAAGGUUUAACAUUAAAUUCGGUAUGUAUUGAAAAUAAUAUAAUAUUAGAAAAUAGUGAUAAGUUCCCUAUUAUUAUUGAUCCACAAAUGGAAAGUUUAAAAUGGUUAAUUAAUAGUCAUAAAGAAAAAAGUGAAAAAUUAAUUAUCACAGAUAUUAAUGAUAAAAUAUUAUUAAAAAAAAUAGAAGAAUGUAUAUCCUUUGGUUAUUCUAUUAUUGUUGAAAAUGCAGAUGAAUAUAUUGAUAAUACAUUAUAUAAUGUUAUAUCAAAGAAUAUAAUUAAGAGAAAAAAUAAUUAUUAUAUUAAUAUUAAUGAUAAAGAACUUAUGUUUCAUCCAUCUUUUUAUAUAAUAUUACAUACACAAUUAUCAAAUCCUCAUUAUCAACCUGAAAUACAAUCGGCAUGUUCUCUAAUAAAUUUUACGGUUACACCAGAUGAUUUAGAAGAACAUUUAUUAUCUAUUACUCUAGAAAAUGAAUUUAAUCAUUUAUCAAAAAAGAAAAAGAAAUUAUCAUUAUUAAAAUAUGAUUAUAUGUGUCAACUCUCUUUUCUUCAAUCAUCAAUCUUGCAAAAAUUAACAGAUGCUAAAGGAGAUAUUUUAGAAGAUGUUUCAUUAAUCGAAAAUUUAGAAAAAACCAAAUUAUUAAGUGAAAAUAUAGCUAAAAAAACAGAAAUAGUCAAAAAUACAGAAGUACAUAUUAAUACUAUUAUCAACUUAUAUAGACCUUUAUCAAAAAGAGGAGUCAUGUAUUUCUUCAUUUUACAAAAAUUAAAAAACUUACAUUCAUUCUAUUUCUAUUCUUUAGAAAUAUUCUUGAAAAUAUUUAUCAAAUGCUUGAACGACAGUUCUCCAAAUAAAUCACCCACUAAGGUGAAACAGGAGCAAGAGUAUUAUCUUAAAAGUGAAGACAACGAUUUUGAUGAUGAUUACAUUGGUAGUAUAAAAGAGGAGGAAAAAGUAGAAGAAGGAAUGGUUGACGAAGAAAAAAUGGAAGAGCAAAAAGUGGAAGAGGAAAAAAUGGAAGAGGGAAGAAUGGAAGAGGAAAAAAUGGAAGAGGAAAAAGUUGAUGAAGAAAAGAUGGAUGAAGAAAAAGAUGUUGAAGAAAAGAUAGAAGAAGAAAAAGAUGUUGAAGAAAAGAUAGAAGAAGAAAAAGAUGUUGAAGAAAAGAUGGAAAAAGAAAAAGAUGUUGAAGAAAAGAUACAAGAUGGACAAGUUGAUGAAGCAAAAAUGGAAGAGGAAAAAGUUGUUGAAGAAAAAAUGGAAGAGGAAAAAGUUGUUGAAGAAAAGAUGGAAGAAGAAAAAGAUGUUGAAGAAAAGAUAGAAGAUGAACAAGUUGUUGAAGAAAAGAUACACGAUGGACAAGUUGAUGAAGAAAAAAUGGAAGAGGAAAAAGUUGUUGAAGAAAAGAUGGAAGAAGAAAAAGUUGUUGAAGAAAAGAUAGAAGAUGGACAAGUUGAUGAAGAAAAAAUGGAAGAAGAAAAAGUUGUUGAAGAAAAGAUAGAAGAUGGAAAAGUUGAUGAAGAAAAUGUGGGAAAAGAAGAAAUCGAAAAGGUCAAAAUGGAUGACUCCAAAGUUUAUGAAAAUAAAGAGGAGAAUAAAAAUUGCACAUAUGAAGAAAACGAAAAAAUUGAUAAGGACAAAGAAGAUGAUUUAGAAGGAGAAGAUUUAGAAAACGAUGAUUUUACAAAUGAAGAAACGAAAAUAGAUAAGAAUGAAGUUGAAAAAAGAGUAAAUAUGCUAACAGAUUUAUUGAAUAUAAAAAUGUGGAUGUAUAUGGAUAAAGGUUUAUUAGAGAGAGAUAAAUUAAUUGUAAAAUGUUUGAUUAUGUUACAUUUAGAAAAAUUAAAUGAGAAAAUAAGUGAAGAAGAGGAAGAAAUUUUUAUUAAUCCUAAAUAUAAGUUAAGUAGUAAUAAUAUAACAAUGAUUAAAAAUAAAAAAGAGAAUGAAAGUAUGGAAAAAAAAUUAAUGAAUAAAUCAUUUAUUAAUGAAGAAUUAUAUGAAGAUUGUAAGAAUUUAGAAAAUUUAAAAGAUUUUGAAAACAUUACUGAAAGUUUUGAAAGUGAAAGUAUGUCAUGGAAACAAUGGUUUUUAAGUGAAAAAGUAGAAAAUGAAGAAUUACCUAGAAAAUAUAAUAAUAUAAAAGAUUUUUCAAAAUUAUUAUUAAUUCGAGUAUUACGUAAAGAUAGAUUUUUAAUUUCAUUAAAAAAUUACAUUACAAAAAAUAUAAAAAUGACAAAUGAUGAAAAAAAUAAUACAUAUGCAUUAGAAAAUAUAUUAGAUGAAUAUAUUGAUAAUAAAACACCCGUUUUAUUUUUGUUAACAACUGGUUAUGAUCCUUCUAAAGAAAUUGAAGAUUAUAUAAAUAAAAUGAAAAAUAAUGCUAUCAAAAAAAAUGAUAAUAAUAAAAAUAAAAUAACUUAUGUUAACAUAUCCAUGGGUCAAGGACAAGAAAGUAUUGCUUUAAAAUAUUUAAAAGAAAUAUCUAAAUGUGGAGGAUAUAUAUUUUUACAAAAUAUUCAUUUAAUGACAAAAUGGUUAAAAGAAUUUGAAGAAAUACUGGAUAAAAUAUUUUUAGAUGCACAUGUAAAUUUUCGUUUAUUCUUAUCUGCAGCUAUACCAAAUGAAAAAGAUACUAAAUUAUUACCCGAAAAAUUAUUAAAGAAAUGCUUUAGAAUAAAUAAUGAAAAAUCAUAUAGUUUAAAAGAUAAUAUAAAAUGUUGUCUUGAUAAAUUUGAAAACGGACAAUAUGAUGAUAAAUUAAAAACAGUAAUAUUGGGUCUUUCUUAUUAUCAUAGUUUAUUAUUAGGAAGAUUUUUAUAUGGAAAAAUCGGAUUUAGUCAAUCAUAUUCAUUUAAUGAUAAUGAUUUAGAAAUAUCAUUUAAUAUUAUUAAAAGAUAUUUAAAUACAUAUGAAAGUUUUCCUUUAGCAGAUGUAUUAUUUUUAAUAGGAGAAAUUAUAUAUGGUGGACAUAUAACAGAUAUAUGGGAUAGACGAAUAAAUAAGACAUAUGUUAAGAAUAUACUUAAAGAGAUAUAUAGAAAUAUAUUAACUAUAAAUGAAAAAAAGAAAAAUAGUCUUACAACAAAUAUGUCAUAUAAUGAAAAAAAGAAAAACUUUAAUAUGGAUUUUCACCACCCAAAGGAUAGUACUAAUAAUAAUAAUAAUAAUAAUGAUGAUGAUGGUGAUAGCAAUAAUAGUAAUGAUAAUGAAGAUGAAAGUGAAGAAAAACUCAUUUUAAAAAAUACCAAACAUAAUAUUUUGUUCGAUGUAUUUAAGUUUCCUGAUUGUAGUAAAUAUAAUAUCAAUCAACUAAAAAAAUAUAUAGAUGAGAAAUUGAAUAAAGAACAAACUUAUUUAUUAGGGUUACACAUAAAUGCCGAAAUUGAAUAUAUGAAAAAUGAAUGCUCACGAAUAUUACAAACUUUACAAGAAUUAAGUAAUAAAGAAAUUGCAUCAACAGAAAGUUAUAAAAAAAAUACGAAAAUAAGAAAUACAGAAAAAAUUGGUGAUAAUAAAUAUGCACAUGAUCAAAAAAAGGAAACGAUACAUAAAGAGGAAGAUGAUGAAGAUGAAAAACAUUCAGGAAGUAAUAAAAGUACAAAAAUUAUAUAUGAUAUAAUUAAUCAUUUAUUAAAUGAAUUACCAGAUAAAAUUGAUACAACUGAUUUAAAAAUCGAAGAUAGUCAAACAAAUACAUUUAUGGUAAUAGCAUUAAAAGAAGCUGAAAAAUUUAACAAAUUAAUAGAAUGUAUUAAUGAUACAUUAAUAGAAAUUAAAUUAGUAUUAGAUGGUAUAUUAAAUAUGAAUGAUAAAAUUCAAAAUACUAUCAAAUCAUUAAUGCUACAUAAUAUACCACAAAUAUGGAUAAAUUAUUCUUAUCCAUCAAAAAAAAAAUUGAUGCCAUGGUUUGAAAAUUUUAAAUUAAGAAUAAUAUUUAUAAAAGAAUGGGUUUCUAAAAUAAGAAAUAAUAUUUUUCUACCAAAUUCUGUAUGGUUAUCUGCAUUAUUUAAUCCUAUCUCAUUUCUAACAGCUAUUAAACAAAAAUUUGCUCAAGAAAAUAAAGUACCUAUUGAUAAACUUAAAUUAAAAUGGCAAGUAACCAAUAUAACAAAAUUAGAAGAUUUAAAUAAUAAAAAUAAUGCAUUAUAUAUUCAUGGAUUAUAUUUACAAGGAGCUUCUUGGUUUAUUAAUUCGAAAAAUGAUACUUUUACAUUCGAUAAGGAUAAUAUAAAUGAUAAUGUAUCUUAUGGAAAUAUAAUAGAAUCUGUGCCUAAACAUAUCUAUUAUUCUAUGCCUCUAAUUUAUGUAUAUUGUAUUACUAAUGAACAAAAUGAACUCUUAAAAGAAAAUAUGGAAUAUCGUUCAUUGGAUACACCUCUUUAUGUCACUUCAGACAGGGGAAAUACUUUUGUUUGUUCAAUAGAUCUAAAUUUAGAAAUGGAAGAUAUAGAAGACAAAUGGAUAUUAGCUGGUGUUGCACUUUUCUUAUCGGAUGAUUAA